CCCCCGCGUUCCCGGCCCUUCGUCUCGCAGUUUCCGGUUUCCCUCGCGCUCACCGUUCCCCCUGACUCGUUGCCCAACCACUGCCUCCGAACCCUGGCACCGCCGCGUGCUCUCGGUGUCGAUCUCCGCAUCCCCACGCCAUGACGAGCUCUCGCGCCGCCUUCGCAACCAGCUCCGGCCUAGCACGCCCCUCGAUGAGGCCCGCCUGCGCCCGGUGAUCUGAUUUGGUCCAAUUGGGCGAGCGCUCGGUGACGCGGUCUCCGAUAGAAGCAAAGAGGGAAUCGAUUCGUCGCCGGGCGUCCUCCUCCUCGGCCAACCAGGAUGGUGUAUCGAACAGGUCAAGAGUCAAGACAUGUCAGAUCCAGCAUUUCUAUCUGAAGCCCAGCCCACAACAAUUGAAGAUUUGAAUACUGUCCCUUCUGUGAGGGAUGAUUUGUGUGAAUCAUAUGAAGAGUUUGAGGGUUCAACCACACAGUCUGCCACUGUGGUACAAGAGCCUUUCUGGGAGAUGCAAGCCCUUAAUACUGGUGCUCAGCUGCACCUUAAUCCGACUUCCCGGAUCCAAAGGUCAGGGGCCCGGUGCCCCAGUGGUAGGUCCGAAGCCAGCGCAGCAUCUUUGACCUCAGCAGCUGUUGUGUUGACAUCUUCGGUGAGGUGCUGGCAUGCUCUUAUCGUGGUCUAAGCAGUCCAAAUCAACUUAACAUGCCAACGAGCAUGUUUGGCCUGUGGAAAAGAAGGUUAUUCGCUCGGUUCGGCACAUCAUGUAAACCUAGCUUAGGUCCACCUUGUUUGGCGCUGGCAAUACAAAGUAUAUGUUUCAGAAAAUUCAUAAGGUACUAAUACUUCAGGAUGUAUAAGAAUUUAAGCCCCUGAAAAAAGACAGCCGGUAAACGCCUUGUUAUUGCAAGAAUUUAUAUGUAUGCUGUGGAAUAUGAGGGCACCCAAAGGAACAAAAAUAGAAGUGAGAUCACUUGUCGCUGCAUUGCUGUUAAUUGCGACUAUUUUCAGUACAAACACUUAAGUGGCAAGGAAGCAAGGAAUCUUGCUGACUUGCUUUUCAACAUUGCAUCUGGUAAGUCCCAUUGCUUUUGAGUUAAGCAGUCACAACUAGUUAAUUCUGUUUUACUUUUCACAGCAUAAACUUUCUAUGCUAAAACUUGGUUACUCAAUAUCGUAGUAGAACAUAUUGUUCAGGAAAAUGUCUAGUAGAACAUAUGCACAUGCGAGGCUCAGCGGUAUCGUGUUUUCUCCAUGUCAUUUUCAACUGGUUUGGCAGAACUAUCCAAAAUUAGCAAUUAGCCUUCAAAGAAAACUGGACCAAAAGAAACCAAAUAUACCGGACUCAUCCAAAAGUGGACAAUGGACUUACUAGUUUGGACCAAAAGAAACCAAAUAUCAAGAACGCAAAAUCCUGUGAUGCUAAGUUUCUCAUUAUCCCUACUUUAUCUGUCUCUCAAUUUUCUUGGAGGGCAUUCAUUACAUCCUUAUCUGCCUCUCAUGGUCUCAUCUCUUGCAGCAUGGGCCUCACAAUUUCAUGAAAAGAAAUCCUUGGCUUCUGGAAGUUGGAGGCGACAGAAGCCACGUGAGUACGUGACCGUCCAUACCCACAACUUCUCAGGAGUCUACAAGCUCAUGUCCUCCAUUAAAUCCGUCAGGUUUGAAAAAUGACUCUUUAAGUCCAUACAUGGCAGCUAUGCGUUGCUGCUAGAGCCAAGAACAACACAAAAGCUUCACACACAACAGGAGGCAAGUACACCUCCAAUUGAAUGGCAAACAAACAUAAAGGAAUGAGCAUUAGAUGCAACAUUAGUUUUUCUGCAUGCAAGCAUUCUUUUCCGGUAUAUUCUAGCCAUGAAGUUAAUCCUGCCUUUUUUCCUCCUGAAUAUAGAAUAUUCUCUAGCCAAAUAUAUCAAUUGCUGCUCCAUAAUUGUAAUUAGCUGAAGAAAACUUAAGAUUUUGGUUUCAUGAUACUCAUUAGUUUAUGCUGGGUUUUAAGCUUGAAAUUUAUGAAAAUGCUGCACUAGAACUAGAAGGGAGGAGAGGUCACUAGCUAAAUUCUCUAUUGCUUUAAGUGAACAUCAAAUUACAAUCUUGAGGAAAGCUGAGAGAAAUUUUGAUUGGUUAAUCUUGUUGCUCGAGAGGUCAAGUAACAAGGCAAAAUUGUAGCUACAAAGCAUGCACAGUACCAGCUCCUUUCAAUUGAUCCCCCAACUAUGAA